AUGAAGUUCAUGGCUCUGGUUGGAACCAUUCGUCAUGGUCGUUCUCUUCCUAAAAUUGUUGGACCAUUACAAUCUCGUUCAUUCCAACCUGACUUUGUUCCUAGAGAUCCCAAAGCAAAGCCCAAAAAGUACAAAUACCCUGCCUUCUAUGAUCCAUAUGGGCCUAGACCACCACCUUCCGACAAAAUCAUUCAGCUUGCAGAACUUAUUGCAGCCCUACCCACUGAAGAGCGUAACCAAAUUGGUCCAACACUCAGGGAGAGACUCAGACAUCCUAAGAUGCAACCAAUCUCAGUAGAAGGCAUGGACUUGGGUUCACAGGGAGGGCCAUCCUCGGGAUCUGCAAAGGCUGAAGAGAAGAAGGCAGAGAAAACGGUAUUUGAUGUUAAGUUGGAAAAAUUUGAUGCAGCUGCUAAAAUCAAGGUGAUCAAAGAGGUCAGGGCUUUCACCAAUCUGGGAUUGAAAGAAGCCAAAGACUUGGUUGAGAAGGUGCCUGUUGUGCUCAAACAAGGAGUCACCAAAGAGGAGGCAAAUGAAAUAAUAGAGAAGAUAAAGGCUGCAGGUGGGGUUGCUGUUAUGGAUUGA